CUUUCCAUAUACCAGUCGUGAUGCACUGGCUGGAACGAGAACAGGGGCCAGUGGAGUGGGCCCACAGACAGGGAUCAAUCCCAGACUGAUGAUGCAAAACAGAAAAGAUAAAUCCAGUCAGAUGUAUGCUGGUCUUGGGAUUGGCCUGAUCUGUGUGAUAGUCGGUGUUCCACUCUGGUGGAAGACGACAGAGGUCUACCGGGUUCAGCUUCCUUACUCGGACAUCAACAGUCUGUCAGACACUCCAAUUGAGUAUUUGGCGACUGUUGAAGUUGUUUGUCUUGACAGUUCUCUGUCUUCUAAACUGAUUGACAUAUCAACUGGGCUACAGAGAAGUUUAGGCAGCACUGAGAAGAAAUCUCUUCAAUCUAAGUACCGAGUUGCAACCCGAGAUGCUACUACAGAAGAAUUAAGCCUAUAUCGGUCCGCUAAAAACAUCGAAGAUUUUGAUAAGACACUCAGUCGUCGGUUCGGUGCAGGGUUUAACUUGUAUUAUGUUGUACUUCUUCCUGAAUCGAAGGGAACGGUUAAACUUGAUAAAGCCUUUGUUGGGAAACAUCGCAGUGUGUACAUGCCCAUCAAACAGAGCAAUAUUUCUGAAACUGUGUCCUCCAUUUCAUCUCUGGUCACAGAUGUUGUGGUGCGACAGUGGGCAGUCAGUAAAAGCCUGAUGGGUGUGAAGGGCUCACGCUCAUUAAAGCUGGACAAGGAGAGUAUGAGGUGUCUGAGAUCGAGUCCUGGCUAUGAUAUCACUUUCACUCUGGCCAGUCCACAGCCAGAGAUCAUCGACAUACAAUGGGACAUAAAGCACGGCAUCCAAGAUUAUUUAAAACCAUUUUUGAGCAAACUGGACAAAUAUGCUAACAUCUCUGUGACUUCUCAGGUGUUGUUUUUCACUGGACUAGUAGUGCGUCCACAGAAAGAUGCUAAGACUGGAGAGUUUUUCUACACGGAACAAGAUUUGCCUCACAUGAUAACACCAUUAGAAUCUAAACUUGGCUCCCAUGCUUCAAGUAAUCCUGCUCUCAACUUUGUUGUCUAUGUUCCAACCAGAGACCAGAGUCCUCUAUACCUUAGAGAUGCUGCAGGUAACCGAGUUCCGAGCAAUGCGUUUCUGAGUCCAAGGUGGGGCGGGAUCCUCAUUCUGAAUGUGCCCUCCCCGCCAGCUGGGGCUGCCCUUCCACACAGAGCAGACGUAGACAUGCGGCGGAUGAUGGAGGUUUUCAUAACACAGCUCAGGUUUCUACUCAAUCUCCACUCACAGACACCACAAGAGGUAAUUCUACCAGACGUUGGAAAUGAAGGCAUCACCGAGUGGGAACUGGACUCUUGGUUACGAAUAUUGUGUGUCGAGAAUAUCGCUACCUCCAUUGUGAGUCUGCAGUCCCUAUCACAGCUCCUGGGACAAAUCAGCAACAUGGUUAUAAAAGAUGACAUAGCCUUAGAGGUGGAGUCUGCAGUUGCCAACAUUAAACAGGCUAAGAAGUUAUUAGCUGAAGGAACUUUAGAAGGAGCCUUUCUUGCUUCACGAAAUGCAGUUAGGGAAUCUGAAAAAGCAUUCUUUGACCCAUCUCUACUGGAAUUACUUUACUUCCCAGAAGAUCAGAAAUUUGCCAUUUACAUUCCACUGUUCCUGCCAAUUAGCAUUCCCAUAAUGAGUACCAUGAUACAAGGCAUCAAGUGGCUAAAAAGACGACACAAACAAAAACAGGAAUGAAUGCUGAGAAUGGUCACAAAGGAGGCACACAGUCCCAUUGGUUAUCCUUGGAGACUAUUUCGUUUUACUCGUGAUGGAGAUGUGUGAACAAAUAAAAAAUUCAAAAUUG